UGCACAAAUUACGUAAGUAUAAAUUGGGAAAUAUGUACGGCAAUUACCAUUCCAGGCGAGCGACAUCCUCGAGGCUAGUUUCUGGCUUCACUAUGACAACUUGCACACCAGCUGCUACUUCUUGCUCCUGGUCCUCAUGGACAUGCAGGCAAUGCGUUCAUAUCGAUUACUUAAGCAUCACCAUGAACGUCAGUCGUGGCAGACUCAAGCCCAGCAGACACUACUUCUUGACUACAUACUCCCCAGUCCUCUCUACAACCCUCGAACUUGCUUGUAGCUGUCUCAUAAUCCUCCUUUGCUAUCUAAUAUGCCUUCCGAGUACCCUACUGACUCCGCUGGUUCGGAGAGAAACGUUUUCAUUGCGAAAACAUUGAGUACUUUCACGGCUGAGCUCAGCCCGGAACGUGCAAUGUCCUCUUCAGCAGCAAGCUCAAAUAUUUUAAUCGACCAGACUUCUGAGCCGCAGACUGACUUUGAAUCUAAUAGUAAGCGUCAUCUUACCGUUGAGAUCCAAUUCGGGACUGAUGAUGCGGCGCCAAUUUUCCCUUUAUCAGCGUCGGAAGCUGAUGAAGAGCACGGAGACGCCCCGGAGGCGGAGUUAAAGGACUCUCUGGGUUAUGGCGAGGUCGACGUUUAUCUGGGAGAACUUGAUAGCGGCAUGGAGCUGGCUAAGUUGGCCCCUUUGCGACGCGAGUUCACCAGGAGAGGCAUCGCAUCAGCCCACACUUCCUCGCACAUGUAUCUGGACGAUUAUAGAUCUCGGCUUUAUUCUGUUCGAGUUUUCUGCGAAAGUGUCCUAAGAAGCCCUCGUGCUGCUAGGGCCAAGAUUCAAAAGGUCGAGUGUUGUAUUAGGCCCACUGGCGUGCGCCAUCGGUUUCUUAUAUUCCAAAUUCUCCGCGGCGAUAUGAAAGAAGUCUAUCUUCGUGUGGAUCGCCGAGGGGAUAAGGCAGUCCCGACGCAAGAUCCCAUUUUGCGGGACUUGGGCGGCUCGCCCGUAAAGGACACGGCUAGGAUCUCCGCUCGUCGUAACGAUUUGUUUGAUCGCAAGGACAACGAGAGAGGGAGGACUCGGGUGGAAGCAGAACUAGAACUGUCCAACCCGGUGUCACUUCGUGAUGUAGCGCGGGUGCUUCAUGUUGUCGCGGGGGAAUCCCAAACGCAUAAGCUUACAUGGGAAAAUUGCUGGUUUUUCUCCGCAAUGGUCCAAGAAAUGCUGCUCAGGAAUUUCGGGGCUCAAUACAGGACUGGCGCUCUUUAUAAAGUGAAGCGAACCGAGAAGCGCCGCAGGAAGAUUAGGAACCGCGUAUAUAAGGAAUUUGUCUUCCCUGAAAUUAACGGGAUGGCAGCGACAGUCAUGACACUUGCCAAAGUGGUCGAUGAUCCCUCCCUACUGAAAUCCAUGCAAUUUACGUUAGAAGUUAUCAGGAUUGGCCAUGAUAUCGGCAAUCACGCCUUUUCCCCUCUCGCCACUUACGAUAUCCACUCACGAGUCAAGCACUUACUCGUGGCAUUAUACGAGGCCAUUCAUGAGCAUCUGCUCGGACAUUGGGGUUUCCAUGGUGCGCGGAUGUUCAGGCCAGGCUUCCCAAGCCAACUCCGUCAAGUUGUCACGACCUGGGUAGCAAAGCACCCAUCGUUUUCCCACACUCUGGACGCGGCGGAAUUUGAAAGCUUGGCCACGGCUAUUCAAGAUAAUUUGGGAUCAUCGCUGCAACCUAGUCCGUCCUCGGAGCAUUUUGAGCACGAAUGGAGCUACUUCUUCCUCAAAGGGCGUGACGACCAUAAUUCCACAUCGUUGCCUUUGCGGCUGCGGAACACAUUGUUGCGGAUGGUCGAAAUGAUGGGAGAAUGUAUGGCCGUGGAGGCCCUGCCGUGGACAUGGCGUUUUCAGAUGGAUGCCGAAAUUCCAACCCUGAUUGAUGAGUUUGAGAGGCUCAUUUCACCUGGGUUAAGGUCCAUGGGCGGACGCUGGAUUGCCUUGUUGCCCCAAGCGGACCCCAAAGCUGGGAAAUUCAUAUCUUUACUAAACAAGUCGCUCCCAUACUGGACAGUAGCCAUGGCAAUCAUGGGCAGGCUAGACGAAGCAUGCGACGGCCUUCGUAAAGUUUGUGAUUGGAUGGGACAGUCCCGUUCUGACAUUCAUGAUCUAUAUGAUCUCGUCACCAAAUCCAAAACGACCUUAUCCAAGUCGUCGCUGUCCCUUCUCAGACUCCGCCACCAAUCCAUUCCGCCUUCCAACCAGUUGCACGUGCUGUCUGCCCUCAGGGCAGUAACCGCGUGCAAUGUUCUGGAUGAGUUGCCUUGGCUAUGGCGCUUUCAGAACAAUUCCGACAUCCCAAUGCUGAGUACUGAGUUUGAGCGACGCAUUUCACCCGAGCUGAAACUUGCAUGUCUCCACUGGACUACUCUCCUGUCCCAGGCGGAUCGUCGGGAUACUCGCAUUCAGUCAGCACUGUUCAAACUACAUGCUCUUCUUCCUUUCUGGAUCGCCGUCAUGUCGUUCAUGGGGGAACUCGACCGGGCCCUUGUUUGCCUGAAUGACUUAUGUGAAUGGAUGAGAGGUCCGCCUCAGCACGAGAUCUGUACAGCCUGGUCGCAAAGAACAAAGACCAGCUCUCAACGUCGACGUUAUCUAUUCUCGCUUACCAUCACCCGUCCAUUCCGGCGCCUAAUCGGUCCCAUGUGCUAUCUGCCAUCGAGAUUGUGGCUGGCUGCCGUGCUCUUGAUGAUUUGCCCCGGCAAUGGCGAUUCCAAAACAAUUCCGACAUCCCGACAUUGCGUGACGAGUUUGAGGGGCGCAUUUCACCCGAGCUGAGGCUUGCGUGUCUCCAUUGGACCAAUCUGGUAUGCCAAGCAGAUCGCCUUGACGCUGACAUUCAGUCAGCGCUGUCCUCCCUGCAACCUAUCCUUCCAUUCUGGAUUGCGGCCAUGUCAUUUAUGGGAGAACUUGACCGAGCGCUUGUUUGCUUGAAUGACUUAUGCGAAUGGCUGAGAGAGAGCCCAGCUUCAAUGCGGGCUCUGCGCGACUUAGUCGCAAAAUAUCAAGACCCUCUCGCAAAGUCGAGUUUAUCGAUCCUCGCUUAUCAUCACCCUUCCGUUCCGCCGCGGU